CACGUUGAGAAAUGGACGAGAACCAGAUCACCGGCAGCGUACAGUACGCCUUUGGCCCCGACGGGGUCCUGGUAACAGGCCCAGUAUUGAUGGAUGAUCCAGCAACCGGCAAAAUCAUUUGCGCCUGCUGCCGGGUCCCCAAGUCAGAGCACAGCUUUCUGACCAUGGGCCCGUACAAUUUCAAAAGUCAGUUCUGUCUAGACUGCGAAAGACCUCGACUGGAGCAGCCUCCACCCUCGACAUUGGGCAAGCGAGGUUUGGAUACUGAGUCAGAACCAGAACACACAGUAUCCAAGCCUGAAGUGGCAAAGAAGUCGAAGGGUACAGAGACGGAUGAGAAAAUCGAGUCAUCAGGUUCUUGAUUUUGUUACAGAUUGAGUACUUGGGUAAACUGUCAUCAGGAAAAAGGGUCUGGGGAGUUCCACGGUACGCCAAAAGAGCACACGAGUUUUGUAGCUAAGUUAAAAAUGGGAUCUUGGCGGAGAGCAGUUUGGA